CAUUUGAGGUAUUUCCCAGGCUCUGCUGCUGCAGAUGGGGCUGGCCCGGGGGAGGCAGAUUUACAAACUGCAACAAAUUAGGGUAAACCAACCUGCCUCACAGCCCCACCAGCAGCAGGGGGGCAUGGCAAAACACCAGGGGAGAGGUCUCAGACCAGACAGGGAAAGAAAAGCGUCUCUGCAAAGAGAAGGGGGUGAUCAGAAAUAUUUUCUUUUGCUCUGUCCUCUCUCCCGAAGGGAGCUCUUGGAUCCCCAUCCUGCUCAUAGCCUGUGAGGUGAGGGCAGAGAGGAGCUCUGCUUAGUACAGGUUCCUGGAGCUGGAGAUUUUCUCCUGGAAGAGAAGGAUAAUCAGAGCAAAAAUCAGAGCAUUUCUUGUGGGAAAUGCUCUUUGCUGAGCUGCUCCCUAGGAUGGUCACGGUUCAGGGACCAAGCUGUCCUGCAUCUCCCAGCUAUCCCACUGCACUUCCCAUGCUCCCCUCUGGAAUGAUUCACUGGGGAAGUGGGGUGGGGGACCAUUCCCUGCUGACUAAUGCCGUGUUUUGCCAGGGAAAUUUCACAGAAAGCUGCAAAAUUCAGUUUAUUCCUGGGUGGGAUGAAUCAUUUCCCAGUUUUUACACUGCAGCCACUGCUGCCUUCUCUAAAUGUAAAUAAGAGCUCAAGUGUGCAUGCAAAGGAAAAUAAACCUAGCUAUGGGAUGUUGCCCUGUUCUUGCAUUUGUUUUUGCACAGCUGCAGCUCGGCUGCUGGUUGUCCCCAUGGUCACCUUAAGUUAUAACACACCUGUCCUGAGACACUUAAUGCUUGUUAAGUCCUUAACUCAGGCAAAAAAAAUACCACUUUGUGGGGCUCCAGUCUCGGUUAUAAUACACAGAGCCCUGGGCAACUGGUGACAACAGACUGAGAGCUACAGGCCAAGUACCUUUCUUGGUUUGACCUGUUUUUAUCCCACUGCCAUCAGUGGACUCAUCUAGAUUUCCACUGAGAUAACUGGUCUGCAGCUGACGCAGCUGAGAACAAUAUAGGACAUAAUAGAAUAGUGGGAGGUCGUUUUCCUCACAGAGCUCUGCAGAGCAGGGGCUGCUCCAAAGCCUCAACUCAAGUGUAAAGUUUACAAACAGCCUUAUGAAAAACCUGAGCAGAAGAAUUUGUCCUAGAACAGGAAAAGCCAUUCCCCCCUUUUUUUGAGAAGCACCAAAAAUUCCUAUUGCUUUAGCAAGUGCUUCCAGUUCUGUGCCAGACCCCCGCAGAGGCCAGCGAGAGCCCAUUGUCCACAGCAGGUACGGGGUCAGCCAGGGCUUGUAGCAGCUGAAAGGUUUUGCAUCUGUAUGUGUGUCACUCUCCUGCCUGUCCCCCCAUCCAUCUGCCAUUUCAGCACCUCUGGCCCCAGUUUGGGGCAGCACUCGUGUGCCUGGGCACGUCCCGUUUUCUGUGAUGGGAUGGAAGUGCUCCUCUCUGAUGUGGGACUUUAGUGCUGACCUCCUAUUAAUUCUCCUCUGUUAUCAUUCCUUUUUUGUGCCUACAGAGCCAGAGCAAAGUUAAGUCCCCCCAUCCCCAGAUACCUCACACCCUCCAAGCUCUCCUAUCACACAGGGGACCACUUCCAGCCCACAGCUCCGUGCCUUGAUCCACCACAGAUGCUCUCAGGGGGAUGUUGGAUGGCCAGGCAGGUGCAUUGGGCUUGGCAGGUCUGUGGGACAGGCUCUAGGAAACAGGGGGGUGGGUGAAAAUCUGACUUUUGCAGCCAGCCCAGUGCUCAGCCUGAGACCUGCUCCAGGCCAGCACUCGGUGUCCUUCACAGCUCACGCUGGUGGUAAAACCAGUGGGAGACAAGGAGGUUUUGACAUUGUUAAAUCUAAGAGGGAGGUUGGGCAGAAACAUUUCUUUCUUGGCCUGGAGACAGGCAUUAAUAUUAGAUGUCAUGGGAGUACACUUCUAGUGUGUGAGGGAGAAAGCUGUGGGGGAAAAAUGUAAAACAUUGGUCAAGGGAGGACUUCAAAUUCAGACAGCCUUGCAGGCAGGAGCCAAAAUCCCUUGCUGCCUUUGUCAGAAGCUCAUUACACUGACCUUAACAGUGCCAACAGAUCUGAUCUUCCCCCACUCUGAACUGGCAUAACUCCUGCUUCCAAGGGAACUUUGCCAGGCAGUGUCCUGGGGGAUUUCCUCCCAGCAUAAUGAAUAUUAGCACAUAAGACACCUAACCCUCCCCAAGAGCAGAGGAUUAAAUGCUCUUUUAAUGGGCUAUAAGCAGUUCUUUAGCAGCUGACACGGGCACUUGCUUGAGUAAAGAUUUGACCCAAUAAAUGGAAUUGCGAAGCAAACAUUUUGCAAUUAAAAUACUGGCAGAAUUUUAAAAUGCUCAGUGCACUUAGGGAAUAAUUGCCUAAUGGCUGAGAAGGCUCCACAGGGGACCCUGGAAGGUGGUGUGCUCGGUCCUGUGCUGGGGGGUGUCCUGCAAAGAGCUGAAGGAUGAGUACAUCCUCUUCCUCACCAUCAAAUUUACGCUUGGUAUCCCAGGGCCUCAGGCAAAGGUUUCCCAAGCAGUUAGGGCCUCCCUGUGCCUACCACAGUGUCACAGUGUCCGUGCCUCUGGCACACCAGUGGUGUGAGCUCAGUGCCAGUGCCACAGGGAGUCACGAUCCUGCUUCCAUCCUCCACCCCACUCCACAAAUGUUUCAUCCUCCACAGCUCCACACCUUUGGGAGUGUCCAGGGCAUCCCACACCAGUAAGAAACCAAGAUGCUCCUUAAGGAAAGGAUCCCUGCCCAGGACACAUGAUGGAGCACCGUGGACAAGGGUUCCACGCUGAAGGACAGGACAUGUGGUAGGAGGCAGCACAUCCCACUGAAGAGCGAGAGCUGGUCGUGCUGCACAGCCCGGGGUGCUGUGGGAGGGACAGGACAUGUGCCACCUCAGCUGCCUCCUCUCGGGACUCCUCCUCAUCCUCAGCACCACCAGCACCGAUGGCUUUGCCCGGGCAGGCCGCAGGGUCUGUGCCGCGGCGCCGCAGAGCCGGGCGGGCGCCUACACCGAGUCCCACGUCCAGCCCGUCUACCAGCCCUACCUCACCACCUGCCAGGGCCACCGUGUCUGCAGCACCUACAGGACCAUCUACAGAGUUGCCUAUCGGCAGAGGUACAGGCAGCUGCCUGAGCCCGUGGCCUCGUGCUGUCCCGGCUGGAGCAGAGCAAACACUCACACGCCCAGCUGUAACAGAGCUCUCUGCUGGGUGCCGUGCCAGAACGGCGGGAGCUGCACCUUCCCUGGCAGAUGUGCCUGCCCACCCGGCUGGACGGGGCGAGCCUGCCAGACAGAUGUGGAUGAAUGUGCCAGCCAGAGCCAUGGCUGCAGCCAGCUCUGCGUCAACACAGCCGGGAGCUACCGCUGCACGUGCCAGGAUGGCUUUGCCCUCGCUGCUGAUGACAAGGACUGCCGGCCCCUGGUGCCAGUGCCCGAGAUGGACACCUUCAGCCAAGCAGGUCCCUCCAAUGAAGUGAAGGAAGAAAUGAAUGACCUGAGGAGCCGAGUGGAAGCGCUGGAGCAGAAACUCCAGCUGGUGCUGGCCCCUUUCCACAACCUCAUGCCAUCAGCGCCGGAGGACGUCGGCACAGACCCCAUCAGCCGACUGUCCCACUCCCUCCAGCAACUGGACAGAAUUGACUCCCUGAGCGAGCAGAUCUCUUUCCUCGAGGAGCGGCUGGAAACGUGUAAGUGCCUGGAAAAUCAGGGCUGAAGGAUUUCCCUCCACCCACACUGGCCACAGUGAGCAGAUGCAGGCCAGCGAGAUCAGUAACACAUAUGCCACUGUUAAUCUAGAUCUCCCUCAAGCUCAGCAGCCUGCAAUUAAUAAAAGAUGAACACAAACAGCCCAUUAGCUUCAUUUCAAAGCCGUUUCUGUGGCUGCACCAUCUGACUGCCCAUGUAGCAGCCAAAAAUUGUAAGGUUGGCACAAGGAAACGUGGCUGCCGGGCAGAGCAGAGGGAGCCACUGUGAGCAGUGGGUCACGUCUGGCAAUCAGCACUGCAGUCCCUUCCUGUAUCCUUGUAAUUUGGUCCUUAGAAAAGAACUCCCAGCUCUUAGGAAAUUAACAGUCCAAGAAGUCAAUCAGGGAAAUUUAGGGAGCGUGCAAAAGUUGGCAGAUUUACGAGCCUGGGAAGUUUUGGGCAUUUCUUUUUGAAGCCUACAGACCAAGCAGUGCACCAGAGAGGGUCUCCCAAGUAGCAAACUGAGCAAGAGACCUCAGUGAGAGUUGCCAUGGGUGAAGUGGCUGGAGGUGGGGGGGUCCUGCCUGGCAUGUCCCCCCAUGGCACCACAGAGAGGGGCAGCAUCCCCUCAUGGCCCUGUGGUGCUCUGGAGAGUGGCAGUUUGACUCCAAGCAGAGCACAACCAUGUGAACACUUUAUUUUGAUAGGGAGCUCUUUGCAGCUCAUUUUCCCAUUAAAUAAUUCCAGAAACUAGGCAUGGCUGGGCCAGCUCAGGAGCUGGUGUGCAGCAACAGCCCGGAGCUCGUGGCAGGAGACUCAAGAGAAACUGGUUCAGGGCAUAUCCAGUCCCAGUUCACUGCUUUCAGUAAUGGCUUAGAUGGAAAAGAAUUCAAAGAACUUGUUUGAAGACAAAGUAGCUGCAAAUAGACACUUAAAAAGCAUCUCAGAAAGGGGUAAUUAUCAGAACCAUGGAGUGUUCCAGCAGACUGAGUUUCCUAGUAGUGCUCUGUACAUAUUAUUAGUGACAGCACUGAGGAAUGUGAGCAGUAUCACAAGGUAACAUGGAUUUAUUCCAAGGGAUGACUCCAAAGUGCUGAAAUUAAUUUUUGCCAAGCCUGCUCCAGCAAGCAAAACUUGUUUUUGUUCCUUUUCAUGGUCUUGCAAGUCCCUGGAGGACACAAAACUGUCCUGUCAUACUCCAGCAAGCCCUGGGGCUCGCAGGGCAUCCCAUGGAGUUACUCAGCCAUCCACGUUCUGUGCCUGGUGAAGCAUUUCACAACUGAAUGCUACAAUAAAACUGCACUCCCCAAUUAGCUGCUCAGUGGGGGUGUGUGUAAGGACCAAGAAAAACUACUUUCUCUUUAAACCACCAGCAAAGGCACCAGAGGAGAGCUCUUGAAGUCAUAACCACUUUGGCCUCUCUAAGUCUGAAUUAGCCCUGAUCCAGCACAGACUGUCACUGUUACUGUCACUGGCUUUGGGACACUGCACGCAGGGCCCAGGCAAGGACUGUGACACACCAGGGAGGUGAGAGUGACACUCCCUAGUGUGGUGGGACAGAGCUAGCCUAGGGUUGUUUGCCAAAGGGAAAGCUGCAAGUGUGGGUGAUAUUCACAGAGGUUUAAGGUCAAUCUGCUUGGGAAAGAGACAAACCAAACCCAGGCUACGGAUGUUGCUGAAUUGUUUCUUUUUUUUC